CAGUUUGGGAGAGUACUACUAGUUAUUAACUUACUAGCACUAGCGAAAUAUACAUAUUACAAGGACUGUGAUGGAUAGGUCUGUGAGUGUUAUACUAAGGUAGCUUACCUUUACGUUAGAUAAAGUUACUUUUAACUUACUGCCAAUAAGUAAUAACGAUGUUUUAUCCAGUUCUGAAAGUUGAGGACUAUAGUUUACCAUUUUUGUCUAUUCCCCGCUGCCUGCAUCACCUUUUCUAAUUCACUACUCAGCUUUCAGCUUCUCAAAAUCAAAUCCAGUUUCUACUAAUGUCAUCGAGCCAAGAAAGUGAUUGAGUCGAAGGACUAGGACCAGAAAUUUAUACUUGUACUCUGUUGAAAUUGGAGGACAAAGUUUACCAAUCAACUUGUGAUUGAUCUUCAAGUUAUCUUACCUAGCUUGAUAAGACAAAAUCAUGGGUUGCUCAACAAGUAAGAAUACUGAAAUAACUGAUGAAGACCUAGAGUUCCUUAAAAAAAACACCCAGUAUAAUGAAAAGACAAUCAAGGAAAUGUACAAUGGGUUUAAGCAUGACUGUCCAGAUGGAAAAUUAAAUAAAGAAAAAUUUGUGGAGCUCUACAAAUUGUUUUUCACCUCUGGAAACCCAGAAAACUUUUGUAAACAUGUAUUCCGGACAUUUGAUACAGAUCAUAAUGGCUCCAUUGACUUCAAGGAGUUUCUCUUAGCAGUGGGCAUUACUUCAGGAGGAUCAUCGGAUGAUAAGCUUAAGUGGGCUUUCAGAAUGUAUGACAUCGAUGGAGAUGGACUAAUUGAGAAGAGAGAGAUGACUAAAAUUGUACAGGCAAUGUAUGACAUGCUAGGUCCAUGUGUAGAAGAUCUGGAAUUAGAUACUCCCCAGGAAAGAACAGAGAUGACUUUUAAAAAGAUGGACACUAAUCUGGACAACCAUUUAUCAUUACAAGAAUUUUUAAGUGGCUGCGCAGAAGAUCCUAAGUUAGCAAAACUUUUGAGCAUUAGCAGUGAAGACCAGAGAAAUUAGACAACAAAAACAAUAGAAAAUCAUUCAGGGUCAUUAAUGCACAACAAUAGAUUAGUUCCCUCCAGUAGUCAUUAACUUGCAAAAGAUCAGUUCCAUCGAUUUGUCAUUAACUUACACCUAAUGUAGAUUCUGUUGUCUAUAAGAUAACAUUUAUUGAAGCUGUCUAUAUAUAUAUAUAUAUAUAUAUAUAUGUGUGUGUGUGUGUGCGUGUUGGUCACCAAAGUAUUUUGUCUACCCAAUAAUGUAAUGUAGUAAAAACAGCUGUAUGACAUCAAAUUGACACUUUGUGAUAAUAUAACUAAUUAUACCUGUUUUUUGCAGGCUAAGCCCAAGUUAUGUGUAACUAUAAAAAAUUUUUUUUAUCUCUACAUGAAGAAACAAAAUUAGAUGUUAAUGUGAAAUCUCACCAAAUAAAAUUUUCGGUAAUUUAAAAAUGAAUAUGGCAACUGGUUAAUGGCUAGUUAAUUAACCAGUUUUUUAAUACAACUCUUACAUUAGAGAUAGCAAUCUCUUUACAACAUUUUUUAUGCUUGGAGAUAAAGUUUUUUUUUGUUGUUGUUGUUUACCCACUGAAGAUAUCAGAAGAUAAGAUUACAAAACUUGUAGUAGUUUUCAAACUAUAUAAAUAUGAUAUAUAUGUAUAUGAAAAACAGAAACUGACAAGUGAACUACAUCACCAUUAUCAAAUGUAGAUUUCCUCCUAUUUCUUGUACUUAGUGGGUGCUGAGGUGCUGUAAACAAAUGUAAUAUGUCACUGUCAUUACAUUAAACAUUGUGGUGCACAACAGGUUCAAAUAGAUGUGCAUUGUUAGCAUAACUGAGAUAGUUUGAUUUUAGAGGGUUAUUUUUUUAAUGUACUUCAUUGGCU